CGCAACAAUCUCCGUUCUCAAUCUCCUGGAGAGAGAAUGGGAGAGCGAAGAGAAAUGUGUCUGUAGGAGACUGAGAGGACUGAUCCCGGAGAAUGAAUAAUUAUUAUUUACCAUUAGGGACGCGGGAUAUUUACUUUUAUGUACUCUUAUAAGUAAUAGUGGGCUGUUUUCGUCACACAGAAGAAUUGCAGAGCUCUACGCCGCUGGGCAUACAUUAUCCUGUUUGACAUUUUGAUCAUAGUGGAAGAGGCCAACGCUAAACCAAAGCAGAUAUGGAGCAGGUAUCAGAUGAUGAGCUGGAACAUGCUGCUGAAGAAGACAGUGAUAAGGAAGACCAGGAUCUGGACAAGAUGUUUGGCGCCUGGUUAGGAGAAUUAGACAAACUCACACAGAGUUUGGAUGAUGGACGUCCUGAGAAAGUGCAGAAAGCUCCUCUCAGACAAGAGACAAACCUUGCUAAUUUCUCGUACCGUUUCUCUAUGUACAACAUCAAUGAAGCCAUUAACCAGGGUGAGACAGUGGACCUGGAUGCACUUAUGGCUGACCUGUGUUCAAUAGAACAAGAGCUCUGCACCAUCGGCAAACCCUCAGGCAAGACUUCAGAUGCCAAAUCCAGACAGAGGCCCACGGGUCGUUCGGCCAGCACCAAACACACCGGAGGGGGCAGCAGCGGGGGCAGCACCAGCAGCAGCAACCGAGCUUCUCCCGCCUCCACUGUACGGGGUGGCAGCAGCCAAUCACGCCCCAUGGCCUCCAACUUCUCCUUGGAUGACAUCACAGCUCAGCUUGAGAAGGCAUCUCUGAGCAUGGACGAGGCGGCGAGGCAGACCUCUGAAUCUUCCUCGCCGUCUUCCUCAUAUUCGUCUGCAACUCUGUCUCACCCGCCUUCUAACUCGCAUCACCGCCGCACAGGAUCAGUGGGUGCGGUCAUCGACCAGGAAGUGCGUUCCAUCGGUCAUUCAUCCAGGUCAAGCAUCAAUUCUGUCUCAGCAUCCAGCAUGGAUUCACUGGAUAUUAGAGGGCAGGAGAAUGAGUCUCAAUCACAGCAACAGAAUCAGAACCAAAACCAGACUAGCACAGAGCAUGCUGUACUGCGAAAGGCCAAUGGUAAAGCUGCCAGAAGGCACAUUGACUUCACCUCUCUGGAGGGGGAGGUGGAUCAAAGUACUCACUCGUAUCUGGACAGGGAGACUUCUCUGAUUCUGAAAAACAUUGCAGGAAAACCCCCUCACUUGCUGACCAAGGAGGAACAGGCUGCCAAAGCCAAGGCUGAGAAAAUCCGUGUGGCGCUAGAGAAAAUUAAGGAAGCCCAGGUGAAAAAGCUGGUGAUUCGUGUACACAUGUCAGAUGAGAGCUCAAAGACCAUGAUGGUGGAUGAGAGGCAGACGGUCAGGCAGGUGCUGGACUGUCUACUGGAUAAAUCUCAUUGCGGUUACAGUCCUGACUGGGCUCUGGUGGAGACCAUUCCUGAGCUACAGAUGGGUGAUGACAUGUGCACACACAAAAGAUCUGUGAACUUAAAGGACAAAAUUAUGAUGCUUAUGUGCCUUGUCUCUCUCGCUAUCUCUUUCUUUCCAUCAGAGAGAAUUUUUGAAGACCAUGAGAACUUAGUUGAGAACUUGCUGAACUGGACCAGAGACAGUCAAAACAAGCUCAUGUUCAUUGAGCGGAUUGAAAAAUAUGCACUUUUCAAAAACCCACAGAACUAUUUACUUGGGAGAAAGGAGACCUCUGAGAUGGCAGACAGAAACAAGGAGGCACUGCUGGAGGAGUGUUUUUGUGGAAGCUCAGUGUCUGUUCCCGAAAUUGAGGGUGUUCUGUGGUUGAAAGAGGAUGGGAAGAAGUCCUGGAAGAAGCGCUACUUUCUGCUGCGGGCGUCUGGCAUCUAUUUUGUGCCUAAGGGCAAAGCCAAGGCAUCCAGGGAUUUGGUGUGCUUCCUGCAGCUGGACCAUGUUAAUGUUUACUAUGGUCAGGACUACCGGAGCAAGUACAAAGCCCCCACUGACUACUGCCUGGCCCUCAAGCACCCUCAGAUCCAGAAGAAAUCACAGUAUAUCAAAUAUCUGUGCUGUGAUGAUGUCAGAACUCUACACCAGUGGGUCAACGGGAUUCGAAUUGCUAAGUAUGGAAAGCAGUUGUAUGUGAACUACCAGGAAGCCAUGAAGCGAACAGAAGCAGCCUAUGACUGGUCUUCUCUCUCCAGCACCAGCAUCAAGUCAGGAACAAGCUCAGUCAGUAUACCUGAGUCCCAGUCCAACCACUCUAGUCAGACAGAUAGUGGUAUAUCAGAUGGUACUUCCUCCUCCCAUGCCCGCUCUCAAAGUGUGGUCAGCUCAAUCUUCUCUGAGGCCUGGAAGAGAGGGACUCAAAUAGAGGAGAGCACAAGGGCAAGACCAGAAUCAAUCCGUUCUGCCCAUUCAACCCAUAGCAGCCAUUCUUCUCAUCAUGUGCCUCAACAGCAGCAUCUACACCCACAGCAACAGCCACUCUCACAGUCAAUUCCACAGUCACGUGGAAGUGUUAGCCAGGCACCGGUCCAAGCACCACCCCAGAUGACACCUGCUCCGCCGCCUCCUCCACCACCUCCCCCGCCCCCUCCUCCUCCCAUUUCCAGUAUCCCACACCAUGCCGCUCCAACCAUGUUUGCCAAAUACAGCACUAUCACUCGUCUGAAGAAUGCAUCUCAGGCCACUGGUCACCACAAGCCUCACCCUCAAUUGCAGCAGCAAGUGCUACCGGUCCCACAGGCCUCCAAGCCACAGUCAAACAAUAUUUCACCAAGGGCAAACAUUCCGCCCCCUCCUCCUCCCCCUCCACCUGCUUCAAUGCCUCCACCUGGAUCAGCCAUGGCAGUGUUGAAGCUCGGUCCUCCAGCCCCUGCCACAGUCCCCCAGCCCUCCCCUCCUUCCCCUUCUCCUCCACCUCCACCACCACCUCCUCCCAUAAUGCCCAUCCAGUCACAGCCUCUACCACCUCCUCCACUCAUAGUGCCUCUUCAAUCACAGCCUCUCCCACCACCUCCACCCGUGGUGCCCCUUCAAUCACAGCCUCUAUCACCUCCUACAACCAUAGUAUCCUUCCAAUCACAGCCUCUCCCACCACCUCCACCCAUGGUGCCCCUUCAAUCACAGCCUCUCCCACCACCUCCACCCAUGGAGCCCUUUCAAUCACAGCCUCUACCACCUCCUACAACCAUAGUAUCCUUCCAAUCACAGCCUCUGCCACCACCUCCACUCAUGUUUCCCCUCCAAUCACAGCCUCUACCACCUCCUCCUCCCCCUCUUCAGGCUAAUGGCCUUCCCCCUUCUCCUCCAUCUUCUACAAUUCAGCCACCUCUCCUCACCAAUGGACUCAAGCAGGUCCUCAUCCAAAAAUUUCCCAAUGUGCCCCACAAUGCAUCACCCCCAGCCAGUCAGACCCAUUCUCCUCCACCACCACCUCCUCCUCCACCACCACCACCCGCACCACCUGCACCUCCACUCCCUCCUCAACAACCCACUGCUUUGGCUCUAAAUCCACCACCACCACCUCCACCAGCCCUCAUACAGCAGCCAGUUCAACCUCCAGUCUUACCCAAAACUUUUGCUGGUGGAUUCCCACCUCAGACAGCACCCAAACCUUCAGGUGGAAUUCUUCCAGUAUCCCCAGUAGCUCUAUCAACUCAAGCUCCAGCACCACCUCCUCCCCCUCCUCCUCCUCCACCACCUCCAGCACCACCAUUAAAGUGCCAACCCCCACCCAUACUACCCAAGCAGCACAGCAUCUCCAAGACACUACCAUUCUCCAGCCAACCCUCAUCAGUACCAUCUCUUGUUAAGCAGCUUGCUAGCCAGUUUCCUGUUGCAUCUCCGGCAAUGACCAAUCAUGAAGAGUGUUAUAAAGCUCCUCAGUCCCCACCUGCAGUGAAGGCUAAACCAAAAUGGCAGCCUGUAGGGCAAGGCCAGCAAAAACCACGGUCACCAGAGUUUCCACCACCUCCACCAGAGAGUACCCUUGCCUUUCCUUCUCCACCACCACCACCACCACCACCACCACCUCCUCCUCCUCCAGGUCAUACCCCUCCUCCCCCACCUCCUCUUCCUCCCACAUCAGGCUCCCCUAUGAGGAAGUCUCCCUCUGGCUCAUCUGCAGGUGUCAAGAAACCUCCACCAACUCCUCAGCGCAACUCCAGUGUGAAGUCUAAUUUCUCUAUGGAGUACCAGGAGUCCCGUAGGAACUUGGUGAGCAAGUUUAACCCCAGUGAUGCUUCAUCAUCGAAAUCAUCCUCUAUUUCACCCUCCAAAGAGCCUUCUACAGGCCCUCCAGCACCUCCCAAACCAGGCAAGCUCAAUCUGGCAAGUCUUCCUUUGGCUUUGCAGAGCAAAUUGAAUCAGAACCGCCAGUCAACUGCAGACUUUCCAUCUCCUCCACCCCCAGAGAAUGACAUCUUCCCUCCUCCUCCACUGGAGUCUGACCUCCCACCUCCACCACCCCUUCCAGGUGAUCUAAAUGGUGUGUGUCCUAAAGUGGCCGUGGUCAAUCCUCAGCCCCAGCCAGCUUGGGGCAAGAGUUCCCUGAAGAAAACUCAACCUUCAGCAUCACUUCGCUGUAACAACACUAUUAGAGAGUCUCCACCAAUAUCUCCACCUUCCAUACAAGGAAGCACGCAGCCAAACUUCUUAGAGGACCUUAACAAGACAUUGAAACGCAAGUCCUCACGAGUCUCAGGAGACAAAGUGGACCCUGUGGCCACAAUGGAUGACAUGGCUUUGCCACCACCUCCCCCUGAGCUAUUGAAUGACCAGCAGAGGCACAGUGGGAGUUGCUACAUGUCCGGGAAUAUCUCAGGCUAUGCAACACUAAGGCGAGGGCCUCCUCCUGCCCCACCCAAGCGGGACAACAGCACCAAACUGAAAAACUGAGACAAUUGCAACUUUUCUUUGACAUUCUUGCUUGCUAUUUUCGUGUCAGUCCCAUAGUGUUGUUGAGGAGAAGCCAUCAUUUUGUUGAUAUACUCAGAUUAUUCUGUACAAAAAUUGACUAAAGAAGUUUCAGCUUAACUGUGUGUUUGUGACCAUGCAUCAGUUCCAAACAAAUAUGACAAGAGUGAUUCUACUUCAUCACCUUGGUACUGCAUGGAUGUCAAUACUGCAUCAAAAGAUUAAUCGCAUUGAUUUUUGGAAAGAUUAAUGUUUUAAACUUUGGGGUAGGGUGGGAUUUUUAAUUUUGGCCUUUUGCUUUUAUAUUGUUUUUAUAUUAUUAUUUAAUAAUCUGAAGAGACUUUGUUAUUUUAGUCUGAAGUCUUUUAAAUGGUUGGAUAGUAAAUGUUGUUUGAGGAGUAUUAAAUAGGUAGGUCUAUGUAGACAGUGUGUUUGGCUGGUAUAUAGUUCAGCACAACUUUUCAGCAUUUACUGUAUAUGUGGCUGAGAAGGUCAGAUCCAGUGCCCAAUGGAUGCAUCUGUCAUGUUUACUAAUAUACUUUGAGCCACUUUAAUUGCAUUUUAGUUGUAACUGUCAAAAUAGUAACAUGAAGGAUGAGUUGCCUCAAUAAUGUCUAUUUCUGUGAGACUGUGGAAUGUUUGCUUUUUUGAUUAGACCCAAUUGUAGCCAUUCUCAUUUGCUUCUCAUCUGCAGUAUCUUUGUCUAUGUAAAACAAAUGACUGCCUUGCUGUUCCUCAUUGGUCCUUACUUGCUCUGGUGAACAUUCAAACUGGCUUUUACAGAUUGUCCAUCUAUCAAGAAAUUGAAUUUUAGUCAUGUGACUGAAUAACACAAUCAUUAUUCACAUAGAUUAUCUUAUAUCCUGUAUUAUAACCUGUAUUAUUGGCUCAUUGAAUAUAGCCAUGCCUUAAAAGGUUCUAGAACAUGUCAUGCCUACCAAAAAACAACUCAGAAUGUUCUAGCCUUAAAAGUAGAGGCCAAUUAAAAGGUUAGCUUUCCCUGUAUGGUUUGAACUAUCAGAGAGUUCUGGCUUUUUUUCCCCUUGCAGAAAUGACAUACAAUUUCAGAAAUCUACAGUGAACACCAAUCUAUAAUGGUUCUUCUGAACAAGCAGUUGAGGGCCACUUAACAUAUGUACAAACAAGUAUUCAUAUUAUUGAUGUAUGUCCACAUUUAAUUUGGGAAAAUUGGUUUAUUGACUGUAUUUACAAUAUCAUGAAAACUUUCAGGUUCUUUAGAUGAUCAUGUGACUGACUGAAGUUAAUAUUAAAUUAUUGAAGUAUCCGGUCUUGAUCCAUCAAAGGUCUAUGAAAAUCGUGCCCUGCAUAUCUCUCUCUGGAAAAUGUGUAAUUUAAAAUGAAAUUAUACAUGUUGAUAUCAAA